AUGGCAUCAGAUUGUUCUUCGUACUAUGAAGUUGGCAAGACCGACUUCAUCCUCAGUUGGGUGCUUGUGGUCGGUAUUUACAUCUCGUUUGUUCCACAACACGUUCGUGUGAUUAGACGACGAACCAGUGAGGGACUUUCACCGUCAUAUUUGUUGAUGGGGUCCAUUUCUGCAUUUGCCUCAUUCGUCAAUAUGUAUUUGGUGACUGUUCCAGCCAGGCAUUGCUGCACUGUGGAUCUCAAUGCCUAUCAGUGCGCAAAUGCCAUGACCGGCUAUAUCCAGAUGAUAUACCGGUACUAUCUCUUUUUCGUGAUUUAUGUCAUAGUCAACUUCAUCGCCUGUAUUUGUGUGGUCCACGCACCCGGACAACAACAUGGACGUAAUGCUUACGCAGAUGUCAGUGGUGUUGUCUCGUUGAUUUUGCAGGUUGUCCAGUAUCUUCCCCAAUUAUGGACCACAUACCGAAUCAGGGAGCCUGGAACUCUCUCCAUUCCUUCUUUGGUCAUUCAAGUGCCCGGAACCUUUUACUGGGCAUACUCUCUUUACGAUGAGGCCGACUCUAAGUGGAGUUCCUACCUCCCCUUCUUUGCUGCCGCCUCACUUCAAGGAAUCUUGUUGUUGAUGUGCAUUUUCUACAGAUGGAGAAUGCAUGUUCGCAAAUCUCGCCAACUUACUCUCCAAUCGAGCGACCAGGAUAGCGUCGACGACGCGGCGGAUACAGACGGCUCUGUUAUUGCAAGUAACUCCUCUUCUAGAACUGCCGAUCCCGAACAGGGUGUGCUUUCGCACCGAAACAGUCAAGCUGCAGUCUCCGAAAAUGGUCGCACAUCCUUGCACCGCGAAGAUCGCGACGGCUCCCAGGAUGUGUCUGACAUGCAGAUUCCAGCCUUAUCUGCAGCCCACGUCAACAGCAUUGUUUCUCGUGCCGGCAGCAUUAUUUCUGAAACGGUUCCUGCUGUUCACAGUGCGCAGAAUCGGGCGUCGGACGUCGGAAAAGCGGUUGACGCGUCGAUCGACGCGCACUCCCUGGUGUCGAACGGGAUUUCCGUGGUAGCCUCACGAUCGCCUAGCAUCAUUGCCGAUAAAGCCAACACUACGGAGAACGCGUUUCCCCUCAGUGCAACUAGAAGCACGUUUGAUCUUCAGACGGCGAUUAACAUGGAAACGCCACAGAGAUCGUUGGAUGCUACAUCCUUGCACAAGUGA